UAUGUACAUGUAAUAAAGGGGCAGAAUAUGUUUGUUGUAACAUCCUCCUCCUUAUACAGUUUUUAAAAACUUCAAACAUAUGAAUAAUCAAACCAUCAAAGAUAAGCAUAGGAUUUCUUAAACAUUGCAGAUUAUCUUAAUUCUACUGAGUAUCAGCAUUCCUUCUUUAAAAAUCAGUAACAUUAUGCACAUUCAUUAUCUUUUUUAUGGUCAUAAUUGAUUUAGCAUUUAUUUUUAUAUGUAACUUAAUUUUACUUUUAGAUAUAACACUAUCUGUAUAUAUGCGUAAAGGCUUGAAACUACUGCAGGGGCUUUGGUCUUGUAGAGUGUUAAGCAUUAACAGUUCUUCUGUUAUAAACCGUUCUCCAAGUUUUCUGCAUUGUAACAUAGUCACUACAUCAAAGGCAAGCAUGAAGUUUCUCAAUCAAAUCGAAGCACAAAACAUAGAUAUUGAAUUGUUCAAUGAUUAUAAAUACACAAUAGAACAACUUAUGGAACUUGCAGGCCUGAGUGUCGCAAGUGCAGUUGCAAAGUCGUUUCCGACAGACUCUUUGUCAAAUCCAAGCAAAAAAGUGUUGGUUUGUUGUGGGCCAGGAAAUAAUGGUGGUGAUGGAUUGGUUGCUGCAAGACAUUUAAAGCUAUUUGGCUAUGUUCCAGAAGUGUACUACCCAAAAAGACCAAACAAGGACCUAUUCAACAACCUCACGAUACAAUGCAAACGACAAUUCAUACCCUUUCUUGACGACAUGCCGGAUGCUAGUUACGUAAAUGAAAAUUAUAACUUCGUACUUGACGCCAUAUUUGGGUUUAGUUUCCGUGGAGACGUUCGGCCGCCGUUUGAUUCGAUCAUAGAUAUACUAAAAACCGUUUCGAUACCACUCGCAUCAGUUGAUAUCCCAUCAGGAUGGAAUGUUGAGAAUGGGAACUCAGAUGGGAUCAAACCCGACGUUUUAAUAUCAUUAACCGCACCAAAAUUAUGCGCAUCAAAAUUUAAAGGCGAACAUCAUUACUUAGGCGGAAGGUUUGUACCCAAGGCGCUGGAAGAAAAAUAUCACUUAGACUUGCCUUACUUUCCUGGCACGGAUUGUGUUGUAUUGUUACCGAAAAUUAAAUGAGCGAGCGAGGAUAUAUAUUUAAACAGAUGAUAUUUAAGCAGAUUGUGGAUAGAAAGGGAAAAGUAGACGAACCUCGACGCUGUGCAAGUCAGAUACUAAAUUAUAUUAAUAACGAUGAGGUGACGUAAUUUGCAAGACUUGAUGAAGGUCGUUCUGGAAGUGUUUUCUUUUAUCGAGAGUAAAUAUAUUUUUAGAGUA